UCGACGGGAGAAGGAGAAGUUCGUGGUGUGAAUGACUGCCACGAAAUAUUAAUGAGUCACACGGGUGUGUGCAUGUAACGUUGGUUAAAAGAACGUCUUCGAGUUCGUCGUCGUCGUCGCCUGCCACGUUGACAGGAUGAAUGUCGGGGAAACCCCAGGCAAAGUUCUAUUUCCCGCGAGACCACGUGCCAGGACGAAUGCAUUGGCGACGGCGGCCAAGCCUUCGAACGCUCAUUGUGAGCUUGAAGCUUAGCAUGGCACCCUAAAUUAUUAUAUUUGUGCCUCUUUUCUAGUCACGAGAACGUUGAGUCUCCUGAAAAAGUAUAAUCUUCUAUCACGAGGUGAAGUUUCGGACCGUUCGAUAGAAAUUUAAAGGUCUCUCAGCGAUCCCAUUGUUACUCUGAUACUCCCACUUCAUUUUGUCCAUUUCACUAGUCAUGGCCUCGAUUGUUUUGAAGAGAACUCAACAAAAGGUCGGUGACACACGAUUUGUCUUCGGGCUCUGGAAGGUAACUAAAUCCACGUGCGCUGACACCCGGGGGUACCGUCUUCUUGAUGGUGCCGGUGACUACGGAAACGAGAAGGAGGCAGGUGAGGGUGUGCGCCGAGCUAUUGCGGACGGCCUCCUAUGGAACACCUUCCAUGCCCAUGAUCAUGUCAAACAAAUCGCCAAGAUGCAACUUGGCCUCUGGGGAAUCGACUACUUCGAUUUGUUCCUCAUCCACUUUCCCAUCGCACUGAAAUAUGUCGAUCCUAGCCACCGCUAUCCCCCUGAGUGGUUCGGUGAUGAUGGCAAGGUCUACACCCAAAACACGCCUAUGCACGAGACUUGGAGUGCAAUGGAGGAGCUCGUCGAUGGGAAACUGACGAAAAAUAUUGGUCUGAGUAACUGCCAGGGAUCUUUAAUCCUUGACUGUUCUCCGGUAUUGCAGGUUGAGCUGCACCCAUACCUUACCCAAGAAGCUCUCGUCAAACUUUGCAAGACGUUCAGCAUUGCCGUGACUGCCUACUCAUCGUUUGGGCCUCAAUCCUACGUCGAACUUGGCGUUGACAAAGGUGCUCCUUCGCUACUCAAGCACAACGUGACUUCCGCUGUGGCCAAGACACACGGAAAGACCGAAGCUCAGGUUUUGCUGCGUUGGGCUACGCAACGAGGUAUUGCUGUCAUUCCAAAGUCCAACGAUCUUGGCAGAUUGUCAGCAAACUUGGACUGCAACUCUUUCGACCUCUCGGCAUCCGAGCUUGCAGCCUUGAGUGCACUGAAUAUUAACCUCAGGGUGCGCGCGCACUGAUGAUACUUAUAUGACAACUGAUCUAAACUUUUCGCUCCACAGUUAAAUGACCCCGCUGACAUCGAUGGUCGCUUAGCCAUCUUCGCAUAAAGGCGUGACGGAUAGAAGUGUAGAAACAGUGUAGAAUGAAU